AUGUCUGAGGAGCGUAUUAAUGCUAUUGCCUCCUGGCUCGAAUCUCUGCUGGAGCCCUCGCGCAAGCUCCACGCUCGACAGGUUGCCGCGCAAAGCACCAUCUCCAUGCUGAAGUCGAAGUUUUCCUCGCCUGAGUCGCUCGUCCAGACGUCCCAGACCGUGUCACCGCCAAGACCCUGUGCAUGCUCGACGCCACUCUUGCCCGCCCUAUCGUUCCGCCAUGAGCCUCUCCACGCCUCGCCCCUCCCCGCCCCCGUCCCCCCUCAGUGCACGCACCCGCCUGCGCCUGCGAUCCGAAGCCGCGUGCGUACGUUCCCUCGUCCCCUCGAGCCCACGCCCGUCGCAUACUUAGUACCCUCGAAUCUCUACACCGUUGAUGUUGACAUUCACGCUCCUGCCUUCGAGUCCAUGUGCGCACGCGUGUCUUCCUCUCCACGUUACACACCUGCGCCGCUCAGUACCCUCCCGCUUAUCGCCUCCAGCCCACGCUCCGCCCGCGCACAAAUUAUCGCGAAGAGAAUGCCACGCACGCUUCAGUGCGUCGACGAGGAGGUCAAUCCCGCCUCUGAUGCGUGCACAUGCGACCCCUCAACGCCACGCACCCGCCUUCGCCUGCGAUCCACAUCCACCCGCACGCGUCCUGUCGAUCCCACACCCGUCUCCUCUAGCACACACCCGCCCGCCGCCAACCCCUCAUGCACGCACGACCUCUCGGCCCCUCCUCUUGUCGACCCUCAUUCACUCCUCCAUCGUCCUGCCUCAUCGUCCUGCCUCAUCGCCGAGGCCCCACACUCCACCCCGCGCACGCCCGACCUCUCUUUCGUCAACCAUCCCGCCCUCGACCUAGUCUAA